GACAGCUAACAAAUUUGUUUAUAUUUCGUAUCUUUCACAGUGGUUAUUUAUUGUAACAAGCUACUGCCAAUCUAUAAAAUAAACAGUUUUAGCCGCACAGUAUAUAUAUACAUAUAUAUAUAUUUAAAACUCCUUAAGAUGUAAUCUGCAAUAUAUUGUCAGGAGAAAAAAUUUUGAACUUAUGCUGAAAAGACCUUAAACAUGUGAGUCAUUACAGUAGCACUGAAGUGAAUAAUAAAUUAUUACAUAUUUAGAAGCCAGCUUUUUGGAUAUCCGGACUUCUUCGGUUGUUGAAGAAAUUCUACUUUUACUCUUCUUGGGUUAUGAACCUAGCUCCUAUUGCUCCUUGCUGGCAAGGUGCACAACUCUGCAAAAACAUGUCGAAGGCCAAGGCACAACAACCUGCUGUGAUCCACAAAGUCAUUAUGGUUGGUAGUGGUGGUGUUGGCAAAUCUGCCCUCACCCUACAAUUUAUGUACGAUGAGUUUGUUGAAGAUUAUGAACCAACCAAGGCUGAUUCCUACCGUAAAAAGGUUGUCUUAGAUGGUGAAGAUGUUCAAAUUGAUAUUCUUGAUACAGCUGGCCAAGAAGAUUAUGCUGCUAUCAGAGACAACUAUUUCCGUAGUGGAGAGGGUUUUCUCUGUGUCUUUUCAAUAACUGAACAAGAGUCUUUUCAGGCAACAGCUGAAUUCCGGGAACAAAUUCUAAGAGUUAAAAAUGAUGACAAUAUUCCAUUCCUACUAGUUGGCAACAAAGCUGAUCUUGAGGACAAACGUCAAGUCAGUGCAGAUGAAGCUAGUCAGAGGGCUGUCCAGUGGAAUGUGUCUUAUGUAGAAACUUCAGCUAAAACUAGAGCUAAUGUUGAUAAGGUAUUUUAUGAUUUGAUGAGAGAAAUCAGUUCUCGGAAAAUGGCUGCCAGUCGACAAAAUAAUGGCAAGAAGCACAAUGGAGACCGACGCAAGAAGAAGUGUAUAAUUCUUUAACUGUGAGCAAGAGCAGUUGAUCACUGACUAUAUUUCUGGUCCUUUUCCUUGCUUAUCCUCCUUUCCUUCCAUCUCGUUGGUCCACCCACUCUUUUGGUUCAUCAACUACCAUUAACCUAGGCUAUCACCUCCUCAUCUCAACUGUUCCCUUGUGCAUGUGCAAGGAAGUGUGUGUGCGUGUAUGUAUCUUUGCUUGCUUGUGUGCAUUGAUGCAUGCACUUUGCAUCUGUCAGUAUAAAUUUGCUAAACUUACACAUCAAUGUGACAGACUGUAUCAGUGUGACAGACUCUGAAUACUUAAUACAAUUUCUUCCAUUUUUCUCAGGAGGAGAUUAAAGCUUUUCUUUUGCAGCUUAUGUUUGCAGAAAUGCAAAAAAACAAACUUUUUUAUGCAACAUAGAGACUUAAUAUCUCUCUCUCUCUCUCUCUCUCUCUCUCUCUCUCUCUCAGUGGAACACUAAGCACACUCACUGCUGAAUCUGACAUUCCUUUCUUUUUUAAAUAAAAUUUAAAACUUCCUGUUGUGUUGGAAGAUGAAGCCAUUGAUUUAUAUGAAUAAUGAAGUGGCUGCAAUAACUAUGUAACCAAUAAUUAUAAGGUUCAAACCAGGCAACUAAUAAUGAAGAAAUGAAAAGUGGAGAAAAGAAUCAGUUCCUGCAGAAAUUUCGAUUCUAGCAGUGUGUGUUUGUGUGAAAUUAUACUAUCUCUGUUAGGGGCAGGUAAUAGGAUGGUAUUAUUGACACUGAAGAUGCUGUGAGGAGUGGGGAACUCUUACUCAUAACAGUUGUGGAGAGAAGUUCUGUUAAUUACCUGUAACUUAGAGGGAAAAGUGGCUUAAAUUCUGUUAUUUUGAAGCUCAUCAAUUUCAAAUUUGUUGUACCUCAAUAGCUUUUGAUUUCAGACCAGACAUUCAUUUGUUAAACAUUUCUUCUUCAGUAAGAGUAAAUUCCCUCCUUCCACAACCUUAGUCAUUUGAUAAGUAAAAAUGUUUUCAAUAGCACCUGAUUUAAUAUAUUGUUGUUGAAAUAAUAAAUAACUUGGCCAGUUCUGUGAUGAGACACUAUUUAACAUUGAAUGAUAGUGAUACAUUUUGCUGCUAGCAUUUGAAAUUCUUCUGGAGUAUUGGAAAUUGCUACUCAGUGUUUGCAUCUCUUCCAAGUCCAUUCAGUGAGUUGAUGGCAAAAUAUCAUAUACUUGAUUUGUUUUCCUUUUGAGUAAAUUAUAGAAUAAAAGAACACAUUGAAAUUUAUGCUAUUUGAUGAUGUUUUGUGAUGUUUGCUAACCAUCUCUAAGAUCUAAAAAGAUGUAUUUUUUUUUCUUGUUUCUAAUAAUUGUGGUUGUAGAAGCUCAAAGUGAUAAUAUAAAUAAUUAUGUGAGAAAGAAUUUUGAAAAUAAGUGAAACAAUUGCCAUCAUACAAGUUGACUGGCCAUUUGAUAUGCAAGAUAUAUUAAAGUGCAAAUUAAAUCAACUUAACAAAAUAAAGUAUGAUAAAAGAGAAUUAAUUUGACUGAGAAAUUUCUGCCUUCAUCUCAAUGUCCUUAAUAAAAAUGUUUAAAAAUCCCUCAUUUUGUAGAUUUUCAUUGCAGCAUUUACUUGUUUAACAUUUAAAUGAAGUUGGAUGUUUUCAUAUGGACCAUAUCCUAUACGAAAUUUUUGUUUACAUUCCUUGUUUUCCACAAAAUCUUCUUUUAAAAAAAAAAACACUAUCUGAAAUCUGUGAAUGCAUAUCUUGUAUAUUACUAUGAGGUGAUGGAGGGAUGAUUCUAUCAUUACAUCAAUUCUAUUAGCUGUCUUUUACAAUAUUUCUAUUUGUCUUUUAAAACUUUCUAUACACUUUUUUUUUUACCAUACUUUCACUCAACAUACACAUUUAUUUAUUUACUAAUUGCUAGUUAUCAGUCCAAAAUCUUCAUGUGAGUACUUGCAGCCCAUUGUUUAUGGAAAAAGUUUAAGUGUGUUUGUGUUGUGAUUCUAUUGAAAUCCUGAAGCUGUACAUAAACUAAGCAUAGACUGCAAAAUUUUUUUUAAUUCUAUGUAUAUUAAGGUUUACUUAAUUGCUCAUUUAGCAUUACUUAUCCAGUCUUACUAAAAAUAACUCAGCCACAAUAAAUGAACUUUUAGUAAAAAUUUCUUGGUAUAGUCUUAUUUUUUAAUAUUUUUUUCUAUAGCCUUAUCAGAACUUUUUUUGUUUUUAAAGUCUUGAGACAUUCAGCUAUUUGCUUUUCAGGCGAACAGAAUUUCAUUUUGUGUCUAUAUAGCAAAAUAGAAUUUCAUACAGAUGAUAAAACAUGCCAAAUACAUUGUCCGCAUAUGCAUGAGUGUACACACACACACACUCUCUCUCUUAAUUCGGAUAGUUAAUGUCAGACAUGAUCCUAAUACCAUUUUGUGUUCAAUCAUUAUUAUUGUAAGCAGGUUUCAACAUAGUCUUGAACAAUUAUCAAUUAUCAGUCAGAAUACUGGUCAAGGGGAAGCAAUAAUUGUCUGAUCAGAUUAUGUAGUUGAGAGUGGGAAAAGGACUUAUUGUGCAGAAUAAUGACUAGUCAGUUUUUGGUGUGCAUGUGUACUUAAUACUUUUUAUUUACUUUUGUUUUAAAAAUGAUAUCAAAGCUUGAACGAGACGAACUGCUUUUAAUUUUGACAUUAGUUUACUGCGUUCUCAGUCACUAUUCUUUAACCCUUUUAAAAACAGAAUAUUUAUUUUUUUUUUGUCAUAAUUAUUUUUGUCUCAAUAUAACCUUGGAAGCUUGGCUAUUCUUUGCCUACCUAUUUCCAUAUAUUUGUGUAAAUGCCUUUCACUCAGCUUUUCUUCACCUUAGCUCUUUGCUCAUGACUAAUUUGACUCUAUUUUCUCUCUCUUUUCAUUGUCCAUCCAUCUAUCCAUCUCUUUUUCUUCCCCUCUGUCUCUCUUACCUUUUUCUUCUUUUUAAACCAUAACUUAAAAUGAUUUUUUGAGGCUUUAUAUUUAACCAGUCCUAAAAGUAUGAAAUGGCAUCAUAGUCAGAAAUUUAUGCAUUUUUUAAAUUUCAAAUAUAAUAAACAUUGCAAUGGAGUGAUAACUA